GGUCACGUGGCUGGAGGAGUGGCGGCUCGCGCGGCGUGGAGUCUCGGCGUCCGCGCGCUAAAUGCAAUGUGGUAUCCUGGAUUGGAUCCUAGAACAGAAAAAGGACAUCAGUAGAGAAACUGGGGAAAUCCUGAUGAAGUAUUUGUUCCCCGACCAGGGAUUGAACCCGGGCCCCGGCAGUGAAAGUCUGGAAUCCUAACCACUAGGCCACUGGGGAACUCUCCAGAUAACUGGUUUAUCCCUACGGUAAAGAAGGCACGUGGCUGAUGAGCAGGGAGGCGAGGCCACAGAGUGAGGCAGAGGGGCAGGCCUGGGAAGCAGAGGACGAUGACAUGGCAGAAGGCGAUUUAGGGUAUGGCCUCAGAAGAAGGCCCGGCGGCAUUUAUGAAGUGCAAGUUUCACACUUCUUUACAUCUAGAAAAAGAUCAGAUGGAAAGACCUUUCGUCCUCCCCCAUUUUCAAGAAAUGGGGAAGAAAGAAACAGUGCCGUUUUUCAGUGUUCCAAGCAUAAGAGCUUGCCUGAUACAUACCCAGAAGGACCCCGAGUUCCCUAUCACGGCCGACAAGGUAGCGCUGAUUCUAAUUCAGAGUUGUCAAAUGUGGAAUUAAGGCAACGUCUUCAUGAAACUUUAGAGGAGGUAGAAAUUUUGAAAACUGAACUUGAGGCAUCUCAAAGACAACUUGAAGGUAAAGAGGAAGCAUUGAGAAUUCUUCAAAGCAAUGCAAUAUUUGGCAAAGCCACAAGUCAUACCCAGGCAGUGCUUCAAAAAACUGUGGAACAAAAGAGAUCCUUGGAGAAGGAAAUAAAUGCCUUGCAGUGGGAAAUAGAAUUUGAUCGCAAUAGAUUUAAAAAUAUAGAGGAAUCUUGGAUCCAAAAAUAUGACAGGCUAAACUGUGAAAAUGCAGUCCUCAAAGAAACUUUGAAACUGAAAACAGAAGAAAUUAAAAUGCUCAAGUCUAAAAAUACAAUUUUGAAUCAACAGUAUUUGGAGGCCCUCGCCCUGCUUGAUAUCAAACAGCAGAAGAUGGCUCAGGAAAACAUGUGCCAGGACACAAGUGGCUUUACCGAGGUUUCAGGUCUUGAGCUUGCAGUUCUGGGAGCCUGCCUUUGUCACGGUCCCAGAGGGAGCCCCUGUACCUGUGCCAGACUGGCAGCAUCUACUCAGAAAAUGCUCCUUCAGGUCAAACAGGAGUUGGAACUUCUGCAGAAGAGUAAAGAAGAAGCCUACAUAAUGGCAGAUGCAUUCAGAAUUGCAUUUGAGCAACAAUUAAUGAGGAAAAAUGACCAGGCGCUAAGAUUGACACAAAUGGAUAAAAUGUGUAAGAAAGCAACAAAAGGGACAAAUUGGAAGCACCUUAAAGAUGAUGGGUUACCAUCACAAAGGAGUAAGAAGACCUUAGGGCAGAAACUGUUGGGUAUGCUCCCUUUGGAAAACAGUUCUAAGAGUACUGAUGACCAGCAUGAUCCUCAGGAAGUCUUUAAGAUGCUAAUAGAUUUGUUAAAUGAUAAAGAAGAAGCUUUGGCUCAUCAAAGAAAAGUUAGUUACAUGCUUGCUCGGGCUUUGGAAGACAAAGGCACCACCUCAAAAGAGAAUAAAGGAAAAAAUCCUAUGAAAGACAAUUCUCCAUUAUUAAAAAACCCCUGGCAGAAGACUUCAGAAUUCCCUGUUUUACGUGAUCCUGUACAUUCAAGUGUUCAAAUUUUUAAUUCUGUGGGCUGCAUUUGUUCAGUUCAGCACUUUCAAACAGAUCAAAACUACACAAGAACUCUUAAAAGAUCCUAUUCUUUGCCAUCAAAUAUCAUGUACUGAAGACAAACCAGUUGAAAUUAGAACUGAGAGCUGUUUAUAUCAAGACUUUGAAAACAGACCAUGUAAAUGUUGCUACAUCUUCAGAAGUUGUAUGUUUUCCGGGUAUUUCUAAAUUUGGGGAAGCAGCUUAAAUAAAUGUUCUCUACAAGAAAUUUAUUAGUAUUCUGUGUUGACAUAUUUCACUACUAUAUUUUUGAAAUUUUCAGUAUUUGCCAACAUCUUAAAAACAA